CAAAGGACUCCGACAAACACCUCUAACCAACACCUGAACAAAGAGGACAACAUCUACGAGAUGGAGACGGUAAGAUUUCAUGACAAUAUUAGCAUACAAACUUGUGUUACUGUCGAGACUUUCGUGAUGGUUAAGCGAUGCAUCGACAAGGAUUAAAUGUGUGCAUGGAUAUUUACAGUGUUUAUGACUUUAAUGUGACAGGCAUUAUCAAAACUAGAAAAAUUGCAUUUCCUUGCGGAAAAUGCGUGGAAAUGCUGAGUGCUGAAAGCUGAAAAAGCAAUGCUAAACUGCUAAAAAAAAAUGGAGGAAGGUUUAAAUGUUAAAUUUGGUUAAAGAGCUGGAGAAAGAUAAGUAGAAGUUAGAUGAAAGUGAAAAUCGCUAAAGUACAUAUAGUAUGAAUGUGCUUCAUAAAUUAAAAUUGCAUUCAUGCUGAAUAAGGCUAGAAAAACUGUCUGAAAUUGCAAAAAAAAAAAAAAAUUGGAUAAGGAAGAAAAUUACCUUAAAACACAGAAAAGUAAGAAGUGGCAUAAGUUUAAGUUGAAGUACUAGAAGAAGUAUGAUAAUAGGUAGUUGCACUAGUGAUAUAAGUAGUCAUGUAAGCAGUAGAAGUAGUUUUAGAAUAGAAGAAGUAGAAGUCAAAGCAGUAGAGCUCGUGGUAGAAGUAAGAGUAGAAGUAAAAAAAAUAUUAAGAGAAGCAUGAGCAGUGUAGGUAGAGGUGAAGAUACAAGUUAAAGUGAUAGAAGUAGUAAUUGUAGUGGUAGAACUGGGAUUUUGUUUGAAGAAUUAAAACAUACAUAAAUAAUGAGAAUGAUUUUGAAGUGGGAAAAAUUUUUAAAUAAUUAAAAGUCCUAAAGUGUUAAACAGGUUUGAAGUAUCAGAAAGGUUUGAAUCAGUUUGAAUGAGUGUGGAUUUGUCUGACGAAUUUAAUAAUGCAUGAAUAAUGAGAAUAAUUUUAAAGUGGGGAAAAGUUAAAUGAAUAAAAUACUGAGUACACCCCAUAAUGUCCUCAAUGAGCUGAAUUUUUGAAGCCCAGAAUAGUUUCUGCUCAAAGUUUGUGGGUGGAGAUAGGUGGUGAUGCAGACACAUAUUAACUGUGUGUACAUGCAGGUCUUUUAGACACAGACACACACACACACACACACACACACACAUUGUCAGACUGUGUGUGUGUGUGUGUGUGUCUCGUUAAUGAUUUUAUCCUAAACAGCUGUGAGAUCAAAGGCAUUAACUGACCCACUGUUUGAAUGAGAAGCUGCCUCUGGACUUCUUCACAUUGCACGAUUUCUUUAAAUCCCAGAAUGAAAACGAAUCCUCCGCCCUUCAUGAAUACAAUGAUCUGUUUUUCAUGUCUGUACUCCAAAAAAUGUGGCCACAACAGCGAGUUAAAGUCGAGACGUUGGGAUGGUUAUCUUAAAAGUGAUGCAUUGACAUCACAUGAAAGUCCUGCCCACCAUGUCAAAGACUCUUCGUGCUUAAGAGCAGAAAAGCUCAUGUUAUUGUGAGAAAUCUCUAUAAGAGAUUUUUUAUGUCUUCUGGGCUAUUUAAAACCGUCAGUCUGAAACUUAUUUGACAGUUUCUUUUAUACUAACCAAUGCUUUCUUAUUUCUCCUUUAAAUCUGCACAGAGGAGUCAACCCACUCCUGGAAGUGAAGAAGCUCAGAGAAUUGCCUGGUUGAGCUUCAACAUGAGGUAAGAAACACGUUUAACUUAUGAUGACAGUAAAAUGCAAACUCAAAUUUAUAGGGGUGUGAUAUUAAACAGUAGUUUAACAAUGUGUCUCUAAAACAAUCUUUUACCUCUUUUGCAUUUAAUAUGCAGAGUGUAACAUUUGAAACAUGACAGAGACCUCCCAGCAGAUUAUAAUCUGAGACAGUUCAGAGUUAAAUCUGUGACAGUGCCAGCAAAAAUCUAAAGAUUCGCAAAUUUAGGAUUUGAUUUUGGACUUACACUGUGUUUCAUACUCUUUUUGUCACAAGACACAUGUAUUUAUGUUAUACAUUUCAGUGGUUAUUUUAGCUGAAUAAGACAAUUCAAAGGCUUCACAUAAGACAUUUACUGAUCAAUUAACCAGUCAGACAAAGGAAAUAUGUAAAAACACUAAACGAAAUAAAGAAGUUUUAUCAUUGUUUGCUCUUACUGGGAGUCUCUAGUCAAAAACUAGUAAAGUCAGGUAUGAUAGAUAAGAUACUCCUUUAUUAGUCCCACAAGGGGAAAUUCCCAGUUAGGGAAACAAAGACCAUUUUAAUUUACUGUGUUUGAAAUUGAAGGAAAAACAUGUUUUGUAUGAGGCCUUUCCCGGAUAAUAUGCAUUAAAAAAGCUUUGUUUUAAAAACGCUGUGUCAACUUCAAGAGAUUCAGCACUUAGGUUUUUAAUGAAUAAGUGUGAACAAAGAGGGGGUUCAUUUAUCAAUAACAACAACACAGAAACAGGGAAUAACCUUCAGGUAUUUUAAAUCACUGUGAGUGUGCUGUAUUAUUUUUGAUACAUAAAGACACUUUUUCAGUUUGACUCUGAUACUUCCUCAAAGACCAUCCAGUGCGUGUUUAUUGUAUUUUAUCGUCUGAAUAUCACCAUGGUUUGAGUCUGUGUGACUGUCAUGUGUCUCUGCAGAUAUUUCUGUUUAUGGAUUUGUUUUGUUCAUUAAAAUAACCAACCUGUGUUUCUGUGUUGACCAGUAACACUGCGUCAGAGGCUUCUAACGCAGAAACCUGCUGCCCAAAGAACUUUUGGCUGCACAGGCUGUUUGGUCAACCUCUGGUAUGUUUCAGAGCUGUUAAAAUAAGAUCAUUUUAUAAGUGUGACAUUUAAAAUCAGACACUAAAAAUAUUUGACACAGUGGGUUUUCAUUUUUAUAUUUGUUGUUACUCCACAGAGAAAAGUCAGAAGUCUCAUCAGCCAUCAGCGGAGGUGAGUAAACUGCUCCAACAAUCAGCUGUUUAUUUGUGCAGCCACAAAAGCUUCUGAUAAAUGUUGACUAGUCACUGCAGACUCCUUUAAAAACAUCACUACAGGUUGUUAAAACAAAUGUCACCACACGGUAAUGGUGUGUGCUUGUGUCUGCAGAGAUGUCACCUCCAACGGUCUGGCUGGCUCCACAGCACCCCCACCUGGGGAGAAAAUCAAGAAACCAAAGGAGAAGAAAUGGGGUUGUUCUUGGUUUCUGAAGUGCUCUAGAGUAAGUAAAGCAUAGGAAUACCAGUCUGGACUUCAGUGUUGUUAUAAGCAUUAGUUUUGGUUUAUCUUUCAGUUGAUUCUGUUACUGACAAAUCAAAAUUAUUUUUACUCCAUUAGAGAGAAAAGCGUGUGUCUCCUCUCUCUGAUCCUAAAGAUCAGCGAAAGCCUCCUCAGGAACUCCAGAGAAGGUAACAAACUCAUUUUGUUCACAGGAUGGAUCAAUUUUGGUGUCACCUGAUGAGUUAAAUCAUCACGUGACACAAAUCAGGUGUUAUCAAUUCUUUCUUAAAGCUCCCGUGAGGAAUUUUUGGUUUGUGUUGCUUCUUAUGCUUCUUUCAUUACCUCUCUUUCAAAUUGUGUUAAGUCUUGUUUUCAAACAAAAAAUCUCCCUGCUCAAUUUUAAAAGUCAUUGGUCAUCUUCACCUGAGAUAUUUUUGAAAAAGCCUUUUUAAAAAGCUUCAAUUUAGCUAAAUCAUCUGACACCUACACCCCUGACAACAGUUUCUAACCUCACAAAUAACUUUGUAGAGAUGAACAAACCCUUCAAAGGUGGUCUGAUUUGCUUUUUAAGGCCACACAGAGGCAUCCCUAUCAAUAUCAGUCAGUUAUAAUCAGUUGAAAAUUCCCCACAGUAGCUUUAACAUGAAGUCACUUGUACAUGAAAAUCAGUAUAUCUGCUAAAUAUGUCCUGACACAUUAUUUUUUCCCCUUGAAACACACUCACAGUCUGUUCCUCAGUCUAUGAAUCAUUUAUUUAUAUAUCAAGAAGCGCUGUAAUGCUGUAGAAUAGCCAACUUGAUUUUUUGACUUUAAAUUUAAAUGAAAAGAGCAGUUUAAUACACACUUUCUGUACCAGAUUUAAUGUAGAGGUUUAUAUCUCAAUAAAGAAAGUUAUGGUUUGAGUUAGCUUGAGGUUAUCGCUUUCAUCCCCUUUUUAACUUUAUGUUCUUACUUGGGACAUGUUUUGAUUGGCAUUGAAAGUCAAUAAGGAUUAUUGGCAGUGCUGGUAAUGUGAAUUAAAAACUCUGAGUGUUGUGUAUCAAUCAAUCAGUAUUGAUUCAAUACUAAAUCAAUACUGAUUUUUGCUAAAAUAACCUUCUUUUCCAUGGAUGAGGUCAACUGUAAAAUAUGAUUCAGUACAAGUAGAUUACUAGCUCCACACACUUGUAGCUCUUUGCUGUUCAUUGUUAUUUACAGUUUGUUUUUGUCUCACUGCAGCACUGACGAGGUUUCUCAGAGCAGCGUGCCACAGAGCGAACUGAGUCUCGCCUAUCAGCAGAUCAACCUUGGGUGAGUACACGUGAUUUUCUGGAUUCAUCACUUAAAUCCAUGCAGCUACAUUUUGAUAAAAACAAUCCUCAGUUUGUGUCUGGAGCUGUGAUAUUAAGAUAUGAUUCCAUUUGUUGUGUUUGUGUGUCAGAUUUCCAAACCCAGCCCAGAUCUGCUACAUGAACUCCAGCCUCCAGAGCUUGCUCACGCUCACACGGUUUGUGAGGGACAUCAGGAGCCAGGAGGAGGUCUGGAGUCUGAUCCCAGAGGCCCAGCUGAUGAGGUGUAGUAUCUGUAAACACACACACACACACACACACACACACACACACACACACACACACACACACACACACACACACAGUUAAAAUAAGUGUAAAAGAUGACUAAAGUAGAGGGUUAGGUUGUUUUAUGCCAGACUGCAUGAGUAAGAGUGGUACACACCGCAGAUAACAGCCAGCAUAGCUGUCUGCGGGAGUUCCUACGUUAAAGCAAAGCUAUGCACUGCAGAUGGGUCACAAGAAGCAACUUACACCACUUUGAGUCAAAAAUGUAUAUUCUUAUUUUUGUUUUAGAUUAUUAUAUAUCGCCUUCAAACACCUGAACUAUCCUUGAAUAAUUUCAAACGUAACAUGCCAAGUACAAGGUUUACGUUGAGAAAUGGUCUCUGAUUUGUUAGUUUUGUACACCAACCUUAUCUGGUUUGGUUCAGAAAAGAUCGUGGCUUGGAUUAAAAUUCAACUGUGAUCUUUACAUGCUCUCAAACAGCUUCAACAACAGAACGUGUUGUUGAAGCUACGAGUCAAACUUUUGACGUAAACUAAAAACUGAAAUACAAGAAAGAAAAGGAAUAAUACAUCAAAAUUAAUAUUGCUAUUCAAAAUUGACCCAAAGCUUUUUUUGGUAUUAAGCUUUUGUCUUUUUUUAAAAUGAAAAAUCUGGUUUAUUGUGUUAAUGAACUAGCAUUUAAUGAUUAAUUAUUAAUAAUAGGUAUUAAUAUACAGGACUGAAACUGAGGAAAAGAUAAAAAUAAUAAAUAAUAAAAACUUGUGAAAUAUGUCAAUGUCAGAUAAUUCAAAUGAAGUAUUGUAAUUAAAUGGGUUUUUAAAUCUGACAUAUUAAAAAAAACUAACAUACCCCAAAUCAUUUUAACUGGUGAUCACAAAAAUGUCCCAAUCUGAGUUUGAUUGUUUUUUUUUUUUUAUGUUAGCUCAUAGUGUAAAAUGUUGGAUAACAAUAUUUUUUUUUCAAUGCAUUGUGUAUGUAGACUGGCAUAGGGUUACAAUUCUGGAAAUUGUUUAUCAUUUGAUAUUUAUAAACAAAGUUGAAGCUGCUGAAAUAAAUGUGAUUCAUUAUAAGUUGAAAACAAUAUUUAUGUAUAAUUUUAUGUCAGUUUUUGGCUUUGAACUUAUUUUUUGUCCUGUACUAUAAAAAGAGAUUUUUUUUAAAGUCUAAAAAUGAUUCAACAUUUAAUAUAAAUGAACAGUAAAUCUGCUUACAAGAUUUGACCCAUUAAAAGAAGAGAUAAUAUCCAUGUUAAACUAUUUCAUGACCGAUUUUUUGCCAAGGAUAAGUUCAUUUCAGGAUGUCAGGAACUUUUUGUUGCUGAGACAUGAGGCUUCAGUUUAUCUGCAAAUCUUUAAAUCAAACUAAAACAAGCUCCUCUCUGUUCCUCUGCAGUUAUUUCAUGGACAUUGUUCGUCUCCGUGACGGUGGUGACACUCACCUAAAACUUAGUGCUCUGGGUAAAUUUAAGUGGCUUCUCUCUAUCCAGGCCCCAGAGUUUGCGGACCACCAUCAGAAAGUAAGUCAGCUCAUUUUCUUUAAAGUUUCACUAACUGCUCCUUGUCUGCUUAUCCAAUCAAACCUGUGUUUCUGUUUGCUCAGGAUGCCCAUGAGUUCCUGACUGCAGUUCUGGGUCAGAUUAGGGACCUGGCUGCGCCACUGAGGCAAGUUGCCGCUAUCCUGGGGAGGUCCUACAGAUGUCCUGUAGAAAGUAACCUGCUGUUCAGGAUGCAGAACUGCAGAAAAUGCAAGAGGUAAAAACAUACAGAUGGUUGCAGGACAAAUUUACCUCCAGUUUGACUAAUGUGUUUAAUUUUUUGCUCAUUUUUAUCAAGUCAGGUCAAAUCUACAGUAAUCUUUUCUUUUAUCUUUACAUUUUCUUUUCACAACUUGUAUAACUACAGUAUAUAAUCAUAUGUAUUGUCCUUUUAACGUGCAGAUGUGGCUCCGCCUCAGUGAGAGAGGAAGAAUUCCUGAAUCUCUCUCUGGACCUGAUUCCUGGGGGUUCGGUGCAGCAGAUGCUGCAGGAAUAUGAGAAGGUAAAGAAGCUGGACUUCUUUAAUCAACAUCCACAUUGUCUGACAUGAAGCCACUCAAAUGUUUCACUCUGCGGUUAUUUUUGGUUGUUGUUUUUCCAUGUUUAAUGUACACAGUAUCUGACAGCAUGUUUUCUCUGCAGGACACAGACUUGGAGUUCAACUGCGAGUGUGGAGGCACAACUUCAGCACAGUGCUCCACCUUCACAACCCUGCCAAAGUGGGUGAUGUUACAUCCAUCCAGACUCACUGUUUCCCUCUGUUGCAGACACAUGCACAGAUUAUUUUCUGUUAAUUUAUCCUCAGUAUUUUCAUGUACAGAAAUUCCCUCAGUUUAAUAAUCCUGUGGUCAUUCCCUCUCUGCUGCUCUCCACAGUUUCUUGGUGCUCCAAAUGAAGAGGUUCCAAUUCACUGAGUCCUACGAGCUUGUGAAACGUCACGACCCCGUGGACCUCACCAGGGAACUGAUUGUGACAUCUAGCCAGGUAAGACACUUAUGCACCAAAGUGUGAGUGUAGAAGUGUGUGUGUGUGUGUGUGUGUGUGUGUGUGUGUGUGUGUGUGUGUGUGUGUGUGUGUGUGUGUGUGUGUGUGUGUGUGUGUGUGUGUGUGUGUGCUUGUUUCUAACAGUUGUUCUGUGUGUUUGCUCUCAGGCUACGAGCUGGUACAGUCUGGUUAGUGUCAUCAGUCAUUUAGGCAGUGAAGGAAACGCAGGUAAAAGAUUCACCCAGUGAGGGUCAGAUCAGCCAGUGCAGUCUUCUGUAAGGUCCUCAGAUACAUAACAGAUAGAUAAAUGCCAAUCAAAGACUAGAGUCUUUAAAGUCUCAGGAAUAUCAAAUUAACAUUAGCCUUCAAACCAUGUCUUUGUAAGAAAGAUAAAACAUUAUGAAGUAACUGGAUCGGUCUCAUUCAGCAGAAGGGCAGCCUGCUCUUGGAUCUUGGUAACAUUUUCCAUCAUUUUACUUUCAAAGAACUGCUGAACUCCUAAGAAUGUUUGAAGAAACUUGUUAUAAACCAAUUUUUAGGAUUUAUAAUCACAUAAUUUAACAUGUAAGCUAAAGCACCAGAAUUAGAAUUAGAAGUAUACUUUUAUUUUUAGAAAUGCAGCCAAAUAAAAGUGAAAGUCGCGGGCACAAAAAAAACUACAGUAAAGUACAGACACUUCAAAAUUAUACUCAAGUACUAUAUUUAAGUAAUGCUACGUACUUACUGUACAACACUGUUCUAGACUUUGCAAUUCAUUGUAUUAAAAAUUCAGAGAGCCUACUAACUGUUAAAGUUUAUGAAAUGACACAAAGCAGAACAACUUUUGAUGGUGAGAUCACUUGAUUUACUCUUUGACAGCUGAGAUCCCAGAGUCUGCUGUGUCUGCAGACAUGGGCUCACUCUCCAGAUUUGUCUUUAAGCCAUCAUGCAGCGUUACCUUGAAUGUUCAGAGAAAAUACUGAGACAUCUGAGAAAAUCUGUGUGAUCAGUUUUACAAGAGAAUAACUUUUUGACAUUAAGCCAAGUUGUGAAAUUAACUCUACUCUGGUUCUUUAGUCAAACCUGCUCUGCGCUCAUGUCCACUACUGCCCCCUGUGGCUGACUGCAAUAAUACCUAAUUGUCACUAUAAUGUACAAAUGUAGGCUGCUGUUAUUAAUCAAGUUUUCCUGCAGUGCAUUUUGACUAUUUCACCCUGACUUCUUGGAGUUUUGAUCAAAUGUUUGCUCACAGUAACGGAAAAUUUUUAUUCCAUGACCGUCUUUACAUCAACACAUAAAACAAACAACAAACAUCACGAAAGACUCACAUGUUUAUGGCUAUAAUUCUGUUCAGCUGGGUUUAUCCAACAUUUGAUGCAAACUCUUCUUCCUCUCCUGUUAGGACACUACAUCAGCAGCGGGCUGCACCCUGAUGUGGAUCCUCAGACUGCCAGUGAUCUUUGGCUGA